UGAACGCGCCCAGCCCUGUCUCAUGAACGCGCUCAGCUCUGUCUCAUGAACGCGCCCAGCUGAGCCGUCUCCAUGGCAACAUCAGUAAAUAAGUGGGCUCCGUUUGUUUAUCUGAAGUGUGUGUUUGUGUUAACGUGACAUGCGCGAGAGGAAGGUGAGGCGGAAGUGAAAACAGGAGGCAGCGUCACGACAGUCACCUGUCACAGGUGUUCAAGCUGAUUAACAGAGAGAAGAGGAAAGAGAGGAGAAGAAGACAGAAAAUGAAUAACCCCAUCCCGGGAAAUCUGAAGUCUGAGACCAAGAAGGUCGCCAAGAUCCUCCGAGACUUCACGGAAAUCUCCAACAGGAAUGGACCGGACAAACUCAUCCCCGCUCAUGUGAUCGCGAAGGCCGAGGGUCUGGCCAUCAUCACGGUCAUCAAGGCCGGCUUCAUGAUCACAGCUCGAGGAGGCAGCGGCAUUGUGAUCGCCCGACUCGCCGACAGACGCUGGUCGGCACCGUCCGCCAUCGGCAUCGCUGGUCUGGGUGGAGGCUUCGAGAUCGGAGUGGAGGUGUCCGACCUGGUGAUCAUCUUGAACCAGCGCAGAGCCAUCGAGGCGUUCACUAAAGGCGGGAACCUGACUCUGGGUGGGAACUGCACUGUUGCUGUUGGACCGGUGGGCAGGAAUGUGGAGGCCGACGUACUUGUCCGCAGCACAGCAGCCGUCUUCACCUACUGCAGGUCCAGAGGUUUGUUUGCAGGGAUUUCUCUGGAGGGAUCUUACCUGAUUGAGCGCAAAGACACCAACAGGAAGUUUUACGGCAGAGAAAUCCGUGCUUCGGCCAUUUUGAACGGCGAUGUGGAGCCACCCCCCGAAUGCUUCAACCUCUACCAAAUCCUGGAGCAGUACACCGAGGCGUACUGCGCAGACUGGACGGCAAAGAACAUGCGUCAUAGGUCUCUUCCUCCUGCAAGACCUCCAGCUCCAUCCCAGCAACCUGGCGCUAACUACCAGCAACCUGGCGCUAACUACCAGCAACCUGCAGCUAACUACCAGCAACCUGGCGCUAACUACCAGCAACCUGCAGCUAACUACCAGCAACCAGCAGCUAACUACCAGCAACCUGCAGCUAACUACCAGCAACCAGCAGCUAACUACCAGCAACCUGGCGCUAACUACCAGCAACCAGCAGCUAACUACCAGCAACCAGCAGCUAACUACCAGCAACCUGGCGCUAACUACCAGCAACCUGCAGCUAACUACCAGCAACCUGCAGCUAACCCUGGUGGAGAAAAUAAAAGCAAACUCUACCCGAGCAUCUCCGUCUACAAAUCAGAGACCUCAGGUCAGUUCGCCUCCAGGAACGCUCCAAACGUCGGUCCAUCAGGAGGCGGGGCCAGCGGGCAGCUGGUUGUCACGGCGACCCACCCAUUCACAGGGGAACAGCCCGGCGACCUCAGCUUCGUCCCCGGCGACCACAUCACCAUCGUCACCAAGACCGAGUCCCAGUACGACUGGUGGGAGGGGCAACUGGCCGACGGGCGGGUCGGGAUCUUCCCCGCUAACUUUGUCUCUUUCUGAUCGCUGCCCCCAGCUGGUCUGAACGAGGUACUGCAGGUAAAGCCGAGAGGGGUCAAGAGAAACGAUGGUGUAGGAUUUAAUCAAAUAUAAAUAAUCAUUAAUCUGAAAACAAUGAGAUAAUGAUCGUCUUAAAUCUGUUUUAUAAACACGACAACGUGAGACGUCUGUGUGUUCUGACCAAUCAGUGAGCAGCAAAAUGACUCUAAAGAUUCACGUCAGUCGCUCUGAAGUGUCUACGCUUAGAUUUAGUUUCCUGUUUGUUUAUUGGACAGCUGGUUGUCAUGGUGAUGGGAGGUGAAAGCACUUUGAAGAUGAAGGUGAUUUAUGGAAUAUUAAAGUUACAGCUUCAUGUCGAACAGUAUUUCAAGUGAUCUGUUACACACAUGUGUUGUCAUGGCAACGCAUUAAAAUCAUGUUUCACAUGUUUACAGUGACCGCUGUAUGUCAGGAGGUGUUUGGGAUCUUCUCUGUUCUUUACAUUUUAGAGGUCUGAAAUAAAAGUCAUUUUAAAACAA